UCGCUUUCUACAAAAAUAAUUUGUCAAGUUCUUGAUCAUGUUUCUGUGUAGUAAUUUGUUGCUACUUCUAUUUUGUUUCAUUUACACUAAUUUGUUGAUUGCAAAUAUGAACCUGAAAAGUGGAUAGAGGUUGUCUCUUGUGUUGAAGCCAAAGUAGGAAGUGAUACAGAUAUUUAUACACACAAAAAUCAAAGAAGGAAGUUAGGAUUAUAUAUAUAGGGGCUCAUUUCUUGCUUUGGGGAUGAUGAACGAAGACAUCUUACUUCAUCAGCAAGUACAACAACAAGAGGAGAAUAUGUCGAAUCUAACAUCAGCUUCUGGGGAUCAAGCAAGUGUCUCUUCGGGAAACAGAACUGAAGUAAGUGGUUCUAAUUACUUCCCUCAUCAUCAACAACAAGAAGAGCAACAACAGUUCAGUGUUCCUGAAUCUCAGCCUCAGAAGAAGAGGAGAAACCAACCAGGGAAUCCAGACCCGGAAUCAGAAGUGAUUGCUUUAUCACCAAAAACACUAAUGGCAACAAACAGAUUCGUGUGUGAGAUAUGCAACAAAGGAUUCCAAAGAGACCAGAAUCUACAGCUUCACAGGAGAGGUCACAAUCUACCAUGGAAGCUGAAACAACGAUCCAACAAAGAAGUGAUAAGGAAGAAAGUGUAUGUUUGUCCAGAAGCAAGCUGUGUCCACCAUGACCCAUCUCGAGCUCUCGGUGACUUGACAGGAAUCAAGAAGCAUUUCUGUAGAAAGCAUGGAGAGAAGAAGUGGAAAUGUGACAAAUGUUCAAAGAAAUAUGCGGUUCAAUCAGAUUGCAAGGCUCAUUCUAAGACUUGUGGCACCAAAGAAUACAGAUGUGACUGUGGCACUCUCUUUUCUAGGAGGGAUAGUUUCAUAACUCAUAGAGCAUUUUGUGAAGCAUUGGCCGAAGAGACUGCAAGAGAAGUAGUAAUACCACAAAACCUGCAGAAUCAUCAACCAAACCCUCGUAUGAUUCACCAAUCUUCUUCUUCUCAUCAUCAAGCACAACCAACCAUGAACGUCUCUUCCUCUUCCCAUAACAUCACCAACAGCCUUUACUUUGAAACCAACCAUAAUGGUACUAAUAAUAGCAACACUAGCAGCAACCACCUCCAUACUUUUCCAAUAAAGAUAGAGCAACAACAAAGCAAUGAUCAUAUCAUCAAUUACCACCACCAUAGCAUCCCUCCUUGGCUUGCUCCUCAACCGCAAGAUCUCACGUCUUCAAACCCUAACCCCAGUAAUGGUGGAGGAGGAGGUUUGUUCUCUCUUGCAGCUUCUCCGGCUAUGUCAGCCACCGCAUUGCUCCAGAAAGCAGCUCAAAUGGGUUCCACAAAGACACCUCCAUUACCACCAACCACAGUCUCCGAGAGGUCAGCUCAUCAUAAUAACCUCACCACAACAAUGGCGGCGAUGAUGACAUCAUCAUCUGGAUUCAUCAGCUCCACCAACAACAACCAAGUUUUGUUUCAAGACUACAAUGCCUCCGAGUUUGACCAUAGCGGUGGAGAAGAAGCCUUCGACGAUACAUUCUGCGGGUUCUUGAGGACAAACGUUGAUACUACAACCACUUCAGGAUCAGACAAGAAUAAAAGCGGUGGCGGAGAAGGAGAAGAGGGUUUGACGAGAGAUUUCUUGGGGUUAAGACCGUUAAUGUCUCAUAAUGAGAUUCUAAGUUUUGCUGGUCUAGGGAAUUGCAUCAGUGGUUCUGCUUCCGAUCAGCUUCAUCCAAAGCCUUGGCAGGACAUAAAAUUAAGAGUCGUCUCUCUCAUUUAUCUUAAUCGGAAACAACUUUCUUUGGGGGUUCAUCUACUGAAGUUUGGAGCGGAGAGAAACCCUAGAAACAAGUACAAUCUUUUCUCGCGAAUCUAUGGCUGAUGAGUCCUCGCCGCCUUCUGCGACUUCGCCAGCAACUUCUGUGGCAGCGACUUCGCUUGCUCCUGCGUUUCUAUUUCAUCCGACGGACGAGGAAGUCCUGAGCUAUUACUUGAAGAGAAAUGUUCUGAGUAGAACCGUAAGGCUCGGUGGAAUUGGGGUUGUUGAUACAAGCAUGAGCCUUGGGACUUAACAAGUUCUCAGGGUUCUUUUUCUUUUUUCUUUUUUUCAACGUAUUUGUGUGAUUUGGGUUUCUCUGCGAGACGUAUGAGUUCUUGUUUCUGAUUUGGGCUGCUUUGCGGUUUCGCCUAUUGACUCAAUUCCGGGAAAAAAGUUUAGCUUUAUGUGUCUUUGUUCAUUUUCUGGUGAAAAAUAUUGUUGACGAUUUAGGCUGUAAACCUGUGACAUAAAUCGACAUAUUAAUUGUGCAAAAUUUAGUA